AUGCCCCCGGCAGCCCCUGACGAUCUGAUCCGCCAGCACAGUCGGUCUUUAGAAGACGAUCACUCCGUAGCGCCCACCCUGUCAGCCGGAACCAACGCCAUUCAGGAGCAUGAGCCAAGUGGGAAAAGCAAGAAGAAGAAGAGUGGUAAAAAGGCCAAGGGGGCCAAGGCAGCGACCGAAGCCCCCCCAGAGGAUUUAAUCCCUACGGUCCCUGUCCCCGAGGAGCCUGCAUCCUAUCCUGAUGCUGAACCUGAGCCUGUACUUGUGCCUGAAGAUGAGCCUCCGCUGGAUCAUCAUGUUCCCCUGACUGUAACUUCGCCCGUCCUUGAUGCUCUUGAAUCAAUCGUGGAAACGGUGGACAACGACCUCGCCACUCGGACAGAUAGCUGGGCACAGGCGGUCCCCUAUGGCAAGAGUCCACCCACGGAUCUGAUGGAUGGAGAGCUUCCUAAUGAGUCUCCACUCAAUUUUCCAACCAUUCAAGAACGGGGUGGCUUCAGCCAACCCUCUUCAGCAUCACCGCCGGUUCGGAUUCGACCAUUUAGUUAUGGCAGUGGGUAUCGGAGCAAUAUGCAGUCGCGCCAGCAGUCGGUCGAUCGACGAAAGAGUCAUUCCUAUGGAAGUCCGAUGAGCAAUUUGGCUCCGCCUCCGCAUCUACCCCAGGCCCAUUUCUAUGGCGCCCCGGAUAUCGACCUUCCGACCCAGAACCGUCCUGGCGAUGGGGCCUACUCCUUCUGCAGUUUCGACACCCUGCCGAACAUGUCGGCCAAGAUGACACGAACGGGGAUGAAUGUACUCGUGGUUGGCACUGACGGUGCUGUCGAGGUUCUCGCCGUGGAAGAUCGUCGAACUCGAAUGGUGGGGCAGAUCAGUGGGUUGAAUGGUCGGGUUCUUGACGUGAAGAUCUUGUCAGGACAUCAACCUACUGAUGGGGCUUCUUCGACACAGCCACACGUUGCUAUCGUCUUGCAUGGGCCACUUCCACUUAGCGAAGAUGAAGGUCGGGUGUCUGCCGCUGCCUCGGAUGUGAAUGAGGUUCCCGCAUCUGUGACGCGAGGCUAUCCGGGCGACAGGCGAUCUGUGAGAGGAGAGGCUUUGUUCUACCAGACAAGGGUAGAGGUGUAUUCUCUCCGAUCUGGCGAGCAUGUAGCAACCCUGUUUACCAGCAAGCCAGUGCCGUCGCCAGAGAAUAUUCCGGGCCUUCCAUCCUUCGCACCUCCGCCGGUGGGUAGUCUGAGACUUUUCCACAGCGGGAAUCAUGUGAUUGUUGCUUCUGGAAUCAGUGGAGAGGUAUAUACCUUCAAUUAUACCUCGUCGGGUGCCUAUCAGUGUCUGGGGAAGACCUGGACCAACAUUCAGCUUGGAGAAACUCGGCGAUACUCUACUUCGUCGAGUUCCACCGAUGCUGACGGAUCUCACCAUGACACCCCUCGAACUUUUGUCACGGAGCGACCAGUCUUGGCCGUUCAAGGAAGAUGGUUAGCGAUCGUGCCACCCACUUCUCACAGAACCUCUAUCCAAGGAACCGUCCCGGCGCAUUUAAUGCAUCCCAGAGCUCAAGGAAUGGAGACUCGCAGUCCGCCAACUGUGCCGUCUCUGAACUGCGCCACGGAUGCAGGCGAAGGAGAGAGUUUGCUGGACAAGGUUGCCAGAGGUGUUACGCAGGAGCUAGUCAAAGGUGCCCGCUGGAUGGGUGACCAAGGGCUUCAAGCGUGGAACAACUACUGGAACAAUGGGCAAUCUUCUGCCCCAAGCACUCCCCCUCUGCGGCCCAUCCGGACUCCAGAUUCCCCGGGGCAGGGGUAUGGACUGUUCCCACCGACACAUGCUCAAGAUACACAAGUAACGUCGUCUCCGGAGCCGGAUGCGGUCUCGAUCAUCGAUCUCAAACGAUUCGAUGAUGGUCUGGAUGCAAAAACAGUGUCUCUCAAUCCCGUGGCAACAUUCCAGGUUCCCAACGGUUGUAGCUUCCUAUCUCUCUCUCCUAAUGGGUUGAUGCUCUUCACUGCCAGCAAGAAGGGAGAUGUGCAAUAUGUCUGGGACUUGAUGCAGCUUAAACACUGCCGUGCCAUGGCGUUCAUGACUGACGACCAAGGUGGCCACAGCCCCAAUGUCCGCCAGAUUGCCAGAUACGCGCGAUUGACCACGUCGAGCAUCGUGGAUGUGAUCUGGACGGCCCCGGUUGGUGAUCGGCUGGCCAUAAUCACGCGAAAGGGAACUGUGCAUGUCUUCGACUUGCCGCGAAGUGCAUUUCAGUGGCCUCCUUUCCGUCGAGCUCGUCCAUCCGCCAAGAAGUCGCCAACUGUUGCCCCUGUAGGCGAUGAGUUGUCGGGUCCAGCAGCCGCUGGAAACCCACUCUCUGCGGCUAUGACUUUUGUCGGCGGCAAGACACAGCCAUUCCUUUCUGCGGUCCGAGGUCGUGUUCAAUCUACUGGCAGCGGGUUUCCUCAUGUAAGUGGAUUCGCUCUGCCCACUGCGGCUAGCAUCAAAGGUGGAAAGGUUGUCGCUGCAGGACUUAGCAAAUCCAUGGGAGCGGCAGCCACUGGCACUGUACAGACCCUCCGACAUGUCGGCGAAAACCGACUCCACCUGUCUGGGCUUGCUCGGGAUCCCGCUCCGGCUCGAGUGAUUUGGAUCCUCAAUAAGGGACAUAUUUUCAUGGGCGUGGUGGAUGAUGGACAGUUCAAACUGUAUCGUCUAACGCGAAGCACAUCCACCAACAAGAAUCGUCAGUCAUACUCUGUUAUUGGCAGCAAAGACGUCCAGUUCAAGCUGCCUACCAACAUGCAGAACAUCUGUGGGCCGGCGCCUCUUGUGCCUUAUGAUCCCGAAAAGGUCGUUCAGGCAUCUCUACUCUUGCCCUCUGCCAGCUCUCAGCCUAGCAAUGCAGGAAAGACGUUUUGCCAGCCUCUUUCUCAGGCUGAGAUUGAGACCAACACACCCUAUCAACCUUUCCACACUGAUCAGCGUGUGAGCCUUCAUGUCUAUCCCACUGACAGCAAAGCACACGUGCCUAGCGUUCAGUGGGUCUUUGGUGAUGAUAUCCCGACCACCAAGGUGCAUGUGCGGUCGUACAACACCAGCGGUGAUGAUCAGGAGGGUGAGGCUGAUGAGGACGGUGCCAUCCACGGCGACUCCUUCGGCGCGGGUGGAGAGAUGGAGAAUCUCAUCACUCUUGGUAACAGCACUGGUGAUGUCGAGGAAGUGGUGAUCACCACUCGCCGAAAGAAGAAACACUCCUCUCCCCUCAAGGCCGAUGAUGGGUUUUUCGAGGAUGACUGCGAGGUUUUGGACUUUGCACGGGAUCGAGUUUGA